AGAUAUCAAGAUGGCGGACCUCUACUCAAUUUGCUGCACCCAGCGAAUUGUACUUUACGAGACGAAAGCGAGGUUCUUCCUCGUUGGCUCGAAUAAUGCAGAAACUCGCUUUCGUGUUUUGAAAAUAGAUAGGACUGAACCGUACGAACUGGUAUUUUUCGACGAUAAGGUUGAGUACAAUCAAAGACAGAUCAAGGAUUUGUUGUCCAUGAUCAAUGCUGGCAAUUUGCCAAAUAAAAACAAACCACAUGAGAGUUCAAAUAAAGGUCUACACAGGAGUAUAUCUGCUUAUGGUAUUGUAGGAUUUGUGAGAUUUCUUGAGGGGUAUUACAUCAUAUUGAUCACAGAGAGAAGGAAGCAGGCUGAGAUUGGAGGACACAGCAUCUAUAAAAUUGAAGAUACAAAGUUAAUUCCAAUAGCAAAUGAACUCGUCAGACAGAAGUUCCAGCACCCUGAUGAGAGCAAAUAUGUCAAGAUCUUUCAGAAUGUUGAUCUCUCUAGUAACUUUUAUUUUAGCUACAGUUAUGAUUUGACUCAUAACCUCCAGCGUCAAAUGGCUCCCAUCAUUAAUCCCCCAGCUUACUCUAGUACUGCACAUUCAUGGCAGGCUUGGGGACUAUGCACUCACUUAGACAAAGAAACAACACAAGAUGCAUGUGCUUUGUUAGCUGUGCCAGAGGGCACAAAAGAUAAAUCUGAUCCUCAGAAUGCCAAUGAAAAUGGAACACAUGAUCAAGCUCUGGGCGGGAGUAAAGAAACUGGUGAACUAGCAAGUGAUGAAGGCGCAAGUGAUGUGCAAAUUCAAAAUAAUGAUGGGAUCACUGAGCAAAGUGGAAAUUUCGAAACUUCAGAUACUGUGAUAUCCAGUGCAUGUGAUCAGAGGAGUGAAAUAACAGAAGUUGGUACCACAAAACAAGAUUUUUCUGCUGAUCAUGUUGUUGCUUCAUCAUCAAAAGAGAUUCAGUCAUCACCAAAGAAACCAGGACAAGCAACUGAUUCUACACAGAAACAAGAGCUGGCAAGGGACUCUUGUGUCAGUAAAGAUGAAAGAAAAGUUCCCUUUUGCCCUGACUGUGAGAAAUUGAGGCAAAAAAGAGAGAGGCCUUUUUUGAGCAAGAGCAAAUCAUGUAGCAAGUUUGUGUGGAACAGAUAUCUGCUGAAAGGUUUUGAAGGAGCUGUCCACUCUGACUGGAUUCUGCACAUUGUGAAUGGCUUUGUUGGACAAUCUGAUAUUUGUGUGUAUGGUCGGCCCAUAUAUGUUACACUGAUUGCUCGAAGGUCAAAAGAAUUUGCUGGAACUAGGUUUUUAAAGAGAGGAGCUAAUGAUGAGGGAAAUGUAGCCAAUGAGGUUGAAACAGAACAAAUUGUUCAUGAUGCCUCUGUUUUGUCAUUCAAGAGUGGAAGAUUUACAUCUUAUGUUCAGCUCAGAGGAUCCGUUCCAUCUUUUUGGUCACAGGAUGUAAGACAAGUAAUGGUGCCUAAGCCACAAAUUAUAGUUGAUCGUGCAGAUCCAUUCUGCUCGGCCGCUGGGCAACAUUUUAACCAACUUCUUAGACGGUUUGGUUCUCCUGUGGUCAUUCUUAAUCUUGUAAAGAAGAGGGAAAGGAAGCGACACGAACAGAUUCUCAGUGAGGAAUUGGAAAGAGCAGUGACGUAUUUGAACCAGUUUUUGCCAUUACAACAUGCCAUAAUAUAUAAAGCGUGGGACAUGGCGCGAUACAACAAGAGUAAAGACUGUAAUGUCAUGGAGAAAUUGACUGUCAUAGCUGAUGAGGUUUUCAAAUCCACUGGCUUUUUCCACAGUGGACAGGAAUUGUAUUGCAAUCAGAUAAGAAAAGAUUCAAGGUUUAACGGUAUGUGUGGCACUGGAUACUCUGACGAUUGUCUGGGAAGGGAACAGAAUGGUGUACUCCGGACAAACUGCGUAGAUUGUCUGGACAGAACAAACACUGCACAGUUUAUGGUCGGUAAAUGUGCUCUUGGUUUUCAGUUGCAUGCGUUAGGAGUGAUUGACAAACCGUUUCUUCAGUUUGACUCGGAUGCUGUGAGGAUUUUGGAAGAUCUUUACGAAGCUCAUGGCGAUACUCUUGCUUUACAGUAUGGAGGAUCCCAGCUUGUGCACGGAAUUCGCACGUAUCGUAAGGUGUCGCCGUUCACUUCUCACUCAAGGGAUAUAAUGCAGACAGUAUCUCGCUAUUACAGCAACGCAUUCACGGAUGCUGACAAGCAACAAGCCAUGAAUCUGUUCCUUGGGAUAUUUUCACCGCGACAGGAAAAACACAAAAUUUGGGAACUGCCUAGUGAUUAUUAUUUGCACCACAACACAACAUGGGACUUGAGAGCGUCCAAGAACAGAAAAAGUUAUACCAAGUGGUGGGAUCAGGCUGUGGUCAACUCUUUGCCCCACCCCACCCCUGAUGAAACGCCACUGGACGACGCAGGAAACAAGGAACAAAGGGAAGACCCCUGGCAGUACUCAGACUAUGCAGAUCAUGAAUCGGUAGAUAUGUUUUCAGAGUAUUAUCACCCGGAUAACUUGACCGUCCUUGAGACAGUGUAUCCUCAUCGUAUGCAGAAGUCUUGUAGGGAUUUCAUGCCACCAACUGCUCACAAUCAUAGUCCCUUUGUAGUUAGAGCUCCUGCAAAGUCACCUGGCCGACGCCCUGUCCCGACUCGUAGAGCGGUUGGUGCUGCUCCUGAACCGCUCAGUGUGGAAGACAGCACCGAUGACGGCUCCAGCUCAGAUGAUGACAGUUCAGCCAUAUCUCUUCUGGAGAGGAUUAACAGCACAAGCACUUGUGUUGUCUCUUUUCAGGAGCUGUUGCCAUCUAUGCAGGAUAUAUAUGGUGUUGGACUGAAGGAACCCAAGGAUCGAAGUAUGGAGGCUUACCAAAGGUUUGUUCAAUUUGGAAAGACUUCACUACCUGACAAGGAAAAUCCUGGAGUGAAACACAUCCAUUACAAUUGGGAAGCACACAAACCUUUUGCGUCGGACUGUAAUCAUAAAGUUAGACUGCCCACAAUAGACCGUCCGUCGGAGGCUUUGUACACAGCAUACGUUCAUGCUGGACAAAAUGGUCGCUUUUGGACAUCGCCAGUCAGUGUUGACGUUUAUAGGAAAUACGUCAGUAAGAACUACCAGUGAAAUCCAACAAAAAGUUAGGGCGGGUUAUUUAAACAAAGUUUAACCGUUGUUUAACAAAACCGUGAUCUAAGCCAUCUUCAAUUUAGCCGAACCUUUUAUUCGAACAUUUUUUAUGUGGACAGUGUCAAUAGGGCCGAAAGCUAAUUGUGGAAAGACAUUUAUUUAAUUAAUUAACCCUCUCAUAGGGGAUCCCUGAGGCCCACUGAUUGCGUAAAACUGCGGUUUGGGUAGGAUCUCAUCGAAAUAACCGGCCCUUACUCCGCAGCCGCUUUCCAAGAUGUUACGCAACACCUCGCGUGACAUCACUCAGAACGGAUGCUAAGGAGACCAACAGAUAGCUUGUUUUUGUGCUCUUGAUGUUUACAAAUUUAAAGAUUUUAAUAAAUGAGUAAAUGAUUUCGCUUUAUGAUAACGAUCUACCGUAAUGAGAUUAGAUAUUGUAGUGUAUUGAUUAUAGAACGCGUGCUCUCGUUUGUCGAUUGGUGGGUUAACAUGAGAAAAAAUAACAUGGUUGUGACGUUUAAAUCUGUGCACAUUUUUGAGAAAUAGGUCAUAAAAGCAUUAUAGGACUGUUCUUAGCCUUAUCCAAAUACGCAACAUGAACAAACAUUUUCGAAAGUUAUGCAAACCCUCGACUGGAUCUUGGAUUCGCUGAACUUUCUUGAAUUCUUCCAACUCCUCUUGCGUUUAGGUGAGGCUAUAUCAACACGGGAAAGUCCUCUACCAUGUCUACUGCUCAAUUGUCGAUGAAUCGACAGUUAAGAUAAUAUUUUUGUUAAGGGAUAUUAAGGGGAAGCAAGAUCAAGGCACUUCUUGAAAAUUUCAAAGGUGUGAAAUUAAAUUAAUCAAACCUUUGCAUAAAUACGAAAAACUGAUAUUCAUGUUUACUGCAAUUCUGUCUUCAGCGAACAUGGAAAAUGUUACAGAGAACAUUAUCUUACGUAUAGACACAUGAUGGAGAUUUAACGAAAUAAAAAUUUGUAAAUCACUAGUUUGUCUGUAAGUUUUUAAAAUGUUGGUAAACUUCUAAUAUAAACAGCAACUAAUUAAACGUGAUUAGGUUGUUCUUGGUUGCUUUGCUUUAUUUUCUUAGUUGCUUUGUAAGUUUUAGUUUGUCUGUAAGUUUUUG